GCUAGAGAGCGGAGAUACAUGAUGAUGUCAACACGGCUGUGAUCCUUUCGGUCUGACAAACGCAAGGCCUUUUUAACCCAUCGAUUCCUUGAUAUAAAUAGUAAUGGUCCGGUGGGAUUGUACAAGUAAUGUUCUGCUUGAUCUCAGAAGUGGUCGUUGUGUCGGGUCUGUCCUAAGGCGCAUUGCAGCGUUGCUCAAGGACUAGUGAUCAUCUGCAGCAUCCGGAGGAGUCCAGAUCCUACUGGCUGUUUGACCGGAGAUCAAGAGACAUGGAGAAUCUGAGCCACAUCUCUCCUUAUCUACACUUCUGAGCUGUGUUUGAGGCAGAGGACCAUGCUCUGCUCAGAGCGUGGCGUGGUGGAGGAAUGGCUCUCAGAGUUCAAGAUGUUACCUGACGAUCAAAUCCGCAGCUAUUCUGGCAGCCUGCGUCUGAAGAAAGCUCUUGUACCUGCUCUCUACACUGUUAUUCAGGAGCAGCCCAGCAGUGAGCUGCUGGCUCCGGUGUGUCAUCAGUUGUUUGAGUUGUACCGGAGCUCAGAGGAAGGUUUGCGUCGGUUUACUCUGCAGUUCCUGCCUGAGCUCAUCUGGGUGUUCUUGCGGCAUUCUGCCAGCAGAGAGCGCUACCGCAAUGGCUGCGUGGAGGCCCUGUUACUGGGGAUCUAUAACCUGGAAAUUGUGGACAGUAAAGGAAAUGGAAAGCUGCUGUCAUUCACCAUACCGUCUCUCUCCAAGCCUUCAAUAUACCAUGAGCCAUCCAGCCUGGGGUCCAUGGCGUUAACCGAGGGAGCCCUGAACCAGCAUGACCUCAUCCGGGUGGUGUACAGCGGCCUGCUAUCUCAGAGAGAGACAUUAACCUCACAAAAUAGGUUUGAGGUGCUGUCUUUUCUGAUGCUCUGCUACAACUCAGCUGUGGUCUUUAUGCCUGCGUCCUCCCACCAAUCGGUUUGCAGAAUGAGCACACGACUGUGUGUGAGCGGUUACCCGCGGCAGCAGCAGAAGUCGUGGAAGGAGCCGUGUAACCGUGUACGACUGGAGUCAGAGUUUAUGGUGCAGAUGCUGACUGCUGUUUACCACGCCAUUUAUAAUGGGCAGUGGGACCUGGGGAGGGAAGCUUUGGAUGACAUCCUCUACCGAGCACAGCUAGACCUCCAUGCCCAGCCAUUACUGGUGGCAAAUGCAAUUAGUCGCUCACUUCCGUCCCGUCCUCCGGAGGGUUCGCGGAACCUUUUGGAGGUGGAAGUAACGCCUGCCGGGAGAUGCGUCUCACAGGCAGCUGUCACUACCGCCUCCAUUCGUCGUCUCCGCUGGAAACGAGAGGAUUGUUUUGAUUUCUCAACCACGACUGAAUUCUACGCCUCCAUCACCCCCAACCGAUACACCCCGCUGGAGAGACCAGACAAUCCUGUGGCACACGGGCGGAUAAAGUGCACCAUUCACCUAACCUUGCAAGGGGAUGCCGAUGGCGUGAGCUGUGGAGAGGACUCUUUUGACCCAGAUGAAGGGUUUUCCUCUGGGGCUUCCAGCAGCAGCCAGCCCAGCAGCGUGAAACGAGACUGGGUCAUUACGGGCGUUCGACCUUUCCGAGAUCCGGGAGCCAGGCAGAGGGAGAGCACUUCGGCCGACACCAGAGCCGCCCUUCGAAGCCUCCACCAACGGCACCAGUCCCCUCCCCCUGCCAUCAGCCUCCGUACUGUAGAAAGCAGUCGCAGCCCGAGUCCCAGUGCUCCCAGAUGCUUUCUGGAUCCACAUUACAUCCCUCCCUUCGCUGGUGAGCCACCUAAAACCAGCAGCACGUCGUCUUGCAAGUCUCUUGACUGUACCGGCCUAAACGGCUCAUCGGGACCUACAGAUAGCCUGUCGCUGGGAAGCCUCAGUGCAGACAGGGCACAUUAUCUGUCAACCAUCAGCUUGCAGGAUGAACGACUAGGGCGAGCGACGCGGAGCCAGGAUCUCCUGUCCCCCAGGAGUCCGUUCUCCUCUGGAAGCCCACUGUCCAAACAGUCUCGAUCACCCAGUUUUAAUAUGCAGAUUAUAUCACAGGUGUAGAAUGAUUUUGCUGUGUGUGUGUAUGAGGAUAUGGAUGUUUAUUUCUGCCGUGGAAUCAAAUAAAUAAAUAAAGGUAAUUAUGACUUUUUAUCUCAUAAUUCUGACCAUGUUUCUUAAAAUUCUGAUGCAAUAUCUGACAAUUCAUAUUUUUAUCACAUAGUUUUGUUUAUAUCUCACAAUUCCGAUUUUUUUUUUCUAUAUAUAAACUCAGAUAUGAUAUAUAAAUUCACAGCUCUGAGAAACAUUUUUUGUGAGAUAACUAGCAAGAUAUCUUGUGAGAUAUACACUUGUAAUAGAGGAAAAAGGUCAGAAUUGUGAGAUAAAAUCACAAUUAACUUUUAUUUUUAUUUCAUGAUGUAAAAAAGACUUUUGAGGAAAAAUUUUGAUUUUCAAGAU